UUUCUUUAUUUCAUAGAUGGAGUCUGACCAGUCACAGUGGCUCUUUUUGACUCUGAUGUUUCUCCACCAGUCCCGUGUCUCAGGAUCAGAGAGGUUUGAGGUUCGAGGUCCAGCUGUUCCUGUGUUUGUUUUCCCUGGUGAAGACGCUGUUCUGCCCUGUUACCUCUCACCAGACAUCAGUGCUGUGGACCUAGAGAUCAGGUGGUUUAGAAAGGAUAACUUUGACCUUGUGUGUUUGUAUGAAUUGGGUCGUUUUAACUUUGAAAGACAGAACCCAGCCUACAGGGACAGGGCUGGUCUAUUCCCAGAGGAGCUCCACAGAGGCAAUGUGUCUUUAACACUGAGAGAUGUGAGACGCUCUGACCAUGGACAGUACACAUGCAUGGUUGUGUCUGAACAGAUGGACGAUGACACUGUUAUUGACCUGGGUGUGAGAGCUGGAAUAAACCUUUACUUGUUACACAGCAGAAACAAGUACAGCAGCUGCGGGUUUGAGGCUGACCAUGAAUCGUAUUAUAACUGCUUUCAUUUCUGUUGAUAAAUGAUACAGAUUCGUACUGAGAUCCUUCAGACGAAUAAGCAAACACAUCACUGUUGGAGAAAAAGGUUCGCUGUGAGAAACACAGAGAGUUUAUUGUGUAUGCAUACAGGAAUGACAUGCUCACAAAGUAGCAGUG